AUUAUUGUCUUCUAAUUAAGAAUUAACCAAACUCCAAAACAUCAUUUACGUACACAAACACCAAAACCCAAACCCUACUCUCUCAGCAAUCACCAUGCCAAAACUACCAGGAUGGUUGAGUAGAUAACCCAUCAUAAACUUUCCCAAGUUUCUGUUAAGAAAAAAAAAAAAGGCAGCUAUCAAUUUGUGGGGUUGAUCAUCAAUGGCUGAGUUUGUUGGUCUGAGGUUGUACAGUUGCUGUAACUGUAAAAACCAGGUUGCUCUUCAUGAUGAUGUCAUUUCUAAAGCAUUUCAGGGAAAAAAUGGCAGAGCAUUUCUAUUCUCGCAUGCGAUGAACGUGGUUGUAGGUUCAAAAGAGGAUAGGCAGCUCAUGACUGGGCUCCAUACCGUUGCUGAUAUCUAUUGCUUCGACUGUCAUGAGGUGCUGGGGUGGAAGUAUGAACGCGCUUAUGAAGAAACACAAAAAUACAAGGAAGGGAAGUUCAUACUUGAAAAAUCAAAGAUCAUGAAGGAGAAUUGGUAGCCUACUCUGCACUUUCAGUUCCCAUUCAAUGUGUGUUACGUUGGUGUUCAGUGGGUGGUGUGUGGAUGUUCAUACAUCUUAGUAUUGAUAAUCAUUCCCUUCAACAAAAAACCUUCAUUUAUUGUUCCUCGCUGUGCAUAAAUGCUGUGGUUUCUUGUCUGGAAUUAUUGUAUUGAAAAUCAUGGAUGUUUGAGAUCAUUUGUUAGUUAAUAUACAUACAUUGAAAUUCACAAUUC